AUCCCAUACUUCCACUCUCUUCCCUUUCUCUCUCCCUCUCUGACGAGUAUGGCUGUUCUCUCAGGCCCUUUGAUCUCCUCCUUUUUUGUGUUUAUGAUCUUGAUGUCUAACAAUUUGAUGUACUCUGGUUUUUCUCAACCUACUUGCAAGCCAGCGUAUCCUAAGGAUGCAAUUCCUGUAUACAAAGAAGACGUGGACAUGAUGCAAUUUCCAGAAAAUCUUGAGUUCUUAGAAGCUGAAUUCUUCUUGUGGGCUGCACUGGGUCAUGGACUUGACCGGGUGGCUCCGUACUUAGUCAUGGGAGGCCCUCCUCCAAUCGGUGCCCAAAAAGCUAAUCUUGAUGCUCUCACUGAGAAGAUUAUCACUGAAUUCGCAUAUCAAGAAGUUGGUCAUCUCAGAGCCCUUAAAUCCGUUGUUGGUUUGUUCCCGAGACCUCUGCUGGAUCUCAGUGCCAAAAACUUUGCAAAACUAUUUGAUGAAGCUUUCGGAUACAAACUCGUCCCUCCCUUUGACCCCUAUCGUGACAGCCUCAGCUAUAUGUUGGCUUCUUAUGUGAUUCCAUAUGUGGGACUUGUAGGCUACGUGGGCACAAAUCCCACCAUCAACGGCUAUUUGACUAAGAGGCUCUUGGCAGGACUCUUGGGGGUUGAAUCUGGCCAAGAUGCAGUCAUCAGAACAUAUCUCUACGAGCGAGCCGAGGAAGUGGUGCACCCAUACAAUCACACAGUGGCUGAGUUUACCAUCCGCAUUUCAGAGCUGAGGAAUCGUUUGGGAAUGUGCGGCAUCAAGGAUGAAGGCAUCAUUGUCCCCCUGGAACUAGGGGCGGAAAACCGAACCACUAGCAAUGUGUUGUCGGCCAAUUACUACUCACUCUCUUACAGGAGGACUCCGGCAGAGAUAUUGAGGAUCGUGUAUGGUACCGGCAAUGAGCAUGUUCCCGGUGGAUUCUACCCCCGUGGAGGAAAUGGAAGGAUAGCCAAAAGUUUUCUGAAUAAGUCAUAGUCGUAGAAGAUAAUGACCUGCCAAUUUGUCAUAGUCUUACGAGAUGUUGAAAGUGACGUAAUGGGGACAAUGAUUUGGUACUGUAAUCAUGAAUAUAAAUAAAGCAUGAAUAAAAAUAAGGAUUGGCUGUUUUCUU